AACUUUAAUAUCUAGCUAUUUAAUUGCUAGAGUCUACCACUUGGAAUUAUUUUAAUACUGGAUUUCUAAGAGUGAAUAUUUUUUUGGUACAUUACAAAAAUUCAUGAUUCGUAAUAUUCAUCUAAGAUAUGGAUCGCUACAAAAUAUUGGCGACAUCCCCUCAGCUGGAAGACUUCUUCACCGUCCCCCUAAAUUCUUGCAGGGAGCCGAUUCAUCAAUUAUUCAAUCUUGACAAUAAACCUGUCACACUUUUCAUCAAUCCUGCCGAACUGGCAAAUAUUGACAAAUUUGAGGCAACCUUGAGAAAAUGCCCUAAACUGGUGUCUCUCCAAAUCGAGGCUGAUCUGGACGAUGAGGCUUCGAAAAAAUUCGGUUGGAACAAUUAUGGACGGAUCAUCUCCCUCGUGACGAAAUAUUGUGGGCCUAGACUGCAAUGUUUCUCCUUGAGGAUUUCCAGAUCAACGAACGAACUUAGCAAGGAGGAGGAUUCUGUACGAAUAAUGAUGGAUAGUGAGAAAAAGGAGCACCAUCCACACGCUCAAAUUUGGGAUGAUUUUGUCACCUCUGUGACCCCAACCCAGCGCCAUUUAAUCCUCCACAAAACAAACUUCCCCUACACCAUGCCCCGCUUCGUUUUCGAAAAGUUCUUAAAAACCUCGCCGAACUUUGAUUUUCUUAACGCAAUUAAUGACACAUAAUAUGGAUCCCAAGAUAUUCCAAGAAACGAGCUCCCGUAUCAAUUCACCGCGAAGGUUAUGAAGAAUAAUCCCAACCCGAUUUGGACCAUUGUAUCCUUAACGAUCAGAAACGUAAAUCUUUCCGAUGAAUGGAUGAUUCACGAGUUGAAACAGUUCCAACACUUGAGGAAAUUAUGUCUCAACUUUGACCGUUUGGCGGGAAAUGAUGACGUUACACUAAAUUUGGAGAGUGAUUUCGAACAUUUGACGGAAUUGUGUAUUACUCCGGAUGAAUUGCAAGUAACUACGGAGAUGAACGAAGUCCGUCUAAAUCUUAUAAUUCCGGAGGGAAGUAAACUUCAAAAGUUGGAAAUUCAAGGAUUAAUUUUGAUGGAUUCUUUCUGGGCUGGGAUCUCCCAGAGUGUUCCGAAGCUGAUAGAUUUUACUUAUUGUACGACUUAUUCGAGCAACGUCACUCUGAAAGUUUUCCUUGGGCUAAAAUACUUACAGUCUUUGACCUUGCGUACUCCUUGCAUCUUCGACAAUGAUGAUAUUUUGGACCUACUGCGAAUUCAGAGGCACUGGUUUCGCCUAAGUUUGUCCAGCGAAGAAGAGACAUCCGCCAUUGAUGAAACCGUACGAAAAAUCAUUGCUUCAUUAAGGAGGGAUGAGAAAGAUUGGGUAAUGUCAAAACGUGACAGUAUCGGUUUGGACAUGUCUUUUCCGAAAUAUUUCAAAAGUGAGCAUCCAGUGGACGAGGAAUUUAAAAAUCUAGUUAUUGAAGAGACCGAGGAUUUGAAGGUGGAAUUUUGCAAAAUUGGCAACCCGGCUAUGUGGCGUCUUAGGGUUUCUUUCUCCCCAAGUGGUGACCAAAAGCGAGGAAUAAUUCCACCAGAAGGCUGUGCAGCAAUCAAUGUUAAGCUUCCUAUUUGAAAAUAGGCUGGUAAUUGGAGGGAUCUGUAACAUUAGAUAUCUUACUAAGAAUAAUAUGCAUUACAGUUUAUUUAAUUUAAAUGCAAUAUAAUCUGGCAGAUUAACCGAAGCAAUAAAUAUCUAAUAUUAGAACAAAAAUAUGUCUCGAUAUUGGUAAUGUUAAUGACUUUGUAUAAUGAUUUUCAACCGAAUUUUUUAUCAUUUUCUGAUUAUUUGGUGAAUUUUUCAUCCUGUUUCUGAGUGGUAAUCUUGUCAUUUCCACUGCAUUACUAAACAUUAAUGCUCGUUAUCGCGGACAAGAGUUAAGUAUGUACAUACGUGUAAAAACACAAUGUGUCUUUUAGAAAAUUUUUUGUUAAUAAGUCCAAAAAAUUUAUCAUUGUUUUCUUAUAAUGUUUUAAUAGGAAUAUGUCAAAUACGCACAUAACGCUGUGAAAAUUUACUAAGAAAAUUACAUAUAUUUACCAGACCUGCUUUAGGGACUAAUAUGAAAAGCAAGUUUGAAUACGUAUGUAAAUAUGUAUGCAGUCAUAUUCAAUCCGAACAUGUACUAUUCUAUUAAAACAUGUUAUGUUUGUCAUGUCAUGUCAUGUUUUACAAUUAGUAUACCAAAAUGUUUGUUAUGUACAUAAAUACAUCUGAUAUGUUGGUCUAUGAUAUAUGUACAUACACAUACAUACACGCCUACAUACAGUUGCGUAGAAUUCGACAUUUCUACGAAAAUAUUUGAAAUAAUUUAUUGCAAAUUAUUUAUCGAUCUACAUUGAUUAUCGGUUCCAACACUCAGGACAGAUUUUUGAGAUGAAUAAAUUUAGUAUAAACGAGAAUAAGAAACACACAUAUGUAAGUAACAUUUUACAACUUAUUUGAAGAAAUAUCCCAAUUUGGUAUACAGUUUGUAGUAAAAUUCGGGCAGGCAGUAGCGGCGGAAACGGGGGAAAUUGUCCCCACGGUAAUUCGGAAAAAUCCUAUCUUUCCCAUGCUCUUCCUCCUACAUAUCUAACGAUGCUAAGGUCCCCAUAUGUCCCCCAACUUCCUCCGCCGCUGCGGGCGGGACAUUUUUAUGCGGAGGGGAUGAGGAGACGGGAGAUGUCCACGAGCGGGAAUUCUUGGGCGGGAGGAAAGGAGCGGGUUGUUUUCGGAUAACAAUAAAACAAUGGCCGGUUGCUGUGUGAGGUACAUUGGGACUGUGCAUAAAGCAUGUGAUCGAAUCGAAGUGGGUUAGAGGUCAAGGCAUCCUAUCCUUCCAAUGUUAAUUAUGCAUGGAGCAUUUGCGAGGGGUAGAAGGAAAAAUUCUCCGGAAAUCGAUCGCACGUUUAUGUUCUGCCCCAUAUACGUUUUACAUAAAAUGGAUUUAAAUUCACUCUCGCAUUGAAUGGGGUUGAGUUGCUCUGUUUCUCCUCUUCACACAAUAUUGCGUAAUAUUGCGUAUCCUUUAGUGCACUCUCAUUCUCCUGAGUUAUAAACCGGGAAUAAAUACAUACAAAUACAGAACGUAUGAUUUGCCGUAGAAUUCACUAAAAUAAAAGUAUUUCAAUAUUUAUCACAUCCACAGUUUAGAAGGAAUUUUAAUUAAACAACUAAUUUAUUUUUUCAUAAGCGUAACCUGAAUAAUGGAUAAUACUACGGACCAGCCACAUUCGUCAAAUAAAGGACACUUCAAAGCAAAACAGGAUCGAGGUCACGUGAAGCAUUAUAUUCUAGAAAAAUACCUCCAGGCUUGGCUACCGAAGAUGUCACAUGGAGAGUAUAGACUGUAUCAAAAAAUUCUAUACGUCGACGGAUUUGCUGGAACCGGAGAAUUCGAAAAGUCUGGGGAGGAUGGUUCACCUGCAGUUGCUUUGAAAGCAGUAUUAGGCCAUAGUCACGGAGAAAAACUUGUUGUUGAUAUCCAUAUGAUUUUUAUUGAACUAAAUCCGAAAUCGGCCAAAGCACUGGAGGAAAAGUUGGGAAAAGUGCAAUAUGAUUUCAGAACUCCAGUGAAGCGAAAAAAUAAAAUUACCUGGGAGGUCAUAAAUGGCAACUUUGUCGAAGAGAUGGACCGUUUGCUUGACAACCCAGAGUUUAUUGGUGCACCUAUAUUCCUUUUCGCUGACCCAUUCGGCUAUGAUGGAAAAAUUAUGCCAAUGCGGUUGCUGAACCAAGUACUUGCCCGUCCCAGCUCCGAGGUUUUCCUCAACGUAAUGGAUGGCUCCGCAAAUAGGUUUUUUAAUAUAGAAAACCGUGAAGAUGCAAUUACCCAACUUGUCGGGUCAGAAAAGUGGAUUGAAGCAGUUCGUGGAGAAGAUCUCAAUCCGUCUGAUCGUAUCCUACGUUUUAUAACUGUCUACAAACAAAAUUUAAAUGCCGAGUACAAACUACAUUUCGGAAUGAGGAGUAAAAAAAAUAAUCGACACAUGUACAACUUAGUUUUCGGUACAAAUCAUCCCGCUGGGCUGGAAGUGAUGAAGAGGGCGAUGACCAACGCAUCUCAAGAUAUUGAGUCGUUAUACUUCUCAGAGUUUCUAACCUCUCGAGUACCUCAGGUUGACGUUACGACGAAAGAAUAUAAAAUCGUGUGCGCUCGGAAUACGUUGAAACGUUUAUGGUGGGAAUUUUCAGAUACAGAAGAACCUCUAAGCGGUUCUGCAAUAGCAAAUUUUAUUUUGAGAGAGACUCCCUACUUUUUCAAUUUUAAACGACAAUUAGGGAAAUUACUCCAAAGUGCAGUGACCAUAGGAUCUGGAAAAUUUGAUGAAAGGAGUUUUCGCUUGAGUGAAAUUACAGCAGCAGGUUUAAUUCAACUGGAAAUUCAAGGCCUUCAAUUAGAGGAACCUGUCGUUUCAAAGAAAGGCCGCUUAUCGGGACCUAAGAAACCCAAUGCCAAACAGAAGGUCGGAAGUUUGAACUUUAAAAAGUCUUCCCCUACAGAUAUUAUGAAGGGAAGUCGGGGGUCUAGAGUUAAGACCCCGAUUAAAAACCAACAUUCAAAGGCAUCAACAUCCUCUGAAAUAACUCCUGAUAUGACGCUAGUCAAGCUGUGGGGACAACAAAAAGCACGGCAAGAACAGCAGACACAUGUUCGAAAUCUAUCAAAUGAAAUGCAUAAACAAGUGAAUAAAGUAGAGACAAUUACAGACGAUGAUUCAUCGUCCGAGGAUGAAAGUGUUGGCUAGGUCACAGGCUUUACAAUUCAAUGCAUAAAAUGUCUUUAAUUAUAUGCAGCAUCCAAAUAUUUCUAGACUUGAUUUAAAAGUGAGCUGCAUCUAGAUUUUCCAAAAUCAAAUUUACUUAAAAGUUUCAGAUCCGUCCAGAUUCUUAUGAAAAGUUUCAUAUCCGAUCCAUCAAAUUUGGAUGUGUCCAUGAAUCUUCAAAUCUGAUUCAGUCGAAUCCGAUUCACUACAAAUUCUCCAGAUCAAAUCCAUCCAAAUUUACCAGAUUCAUCAUGAAUAACAGAUAUCCAGCUCAGCUAUGCUUUUAUCCACGAAAACAUAUUUGAUUCGAGGAAUUUUUUAAGUACAUUAAAAACUAAAUAAUAAAUGUGUGCUCAAUUUAUUAUACUAAAUAAAAUUUGUUACCAUAGAUUUUAGAUGUUUCUAGAAUUUAACAUUUUCUAUUUUAGAACCUUUUCAAUAUUUAUAUGUACGUGCAUUACCCCAUUUCUGGUCUCAUUGAAACGUCAGCAUGAACUUAUGCUGUAUUAAAUAAAUUUUUAUGUAUGACUGGUGUAAAUGAAAAUUUUGCGAUGUUUCUUCAUAUGAAAUAAAAUUAUACAAAAGCUCAUUA